AUGGUCGCGAAGAGCAUAACGGAUAAGCGCGGAAUGCACCUGCAAUCCAACGUGCCAGUCGAGGAGGAAUGCGACGUGAAAUGCUACGCUUCUAUUUCUGCUACCAACUCAACCAUCAGCGAAGCCAAUCGUAUCGCAUAUACAAUUAUCGUUGAUAUCGGCACUUGUAAAGAAGUAUUCGAUGGCAUGUUUAGAAACUUGUCAACGUACAAGGCUGCAUUGAUCAACGAAAUCGCUGAAGAACAAAUCGAGUUGAAUAUACAGUACGUGGUGCACGGAUUUAGUGGUCACUUACCAGAGUAG